CGAGAGCGAGAGAGAGAGAGAGAGGUAGAGCAAGAGUGAUCGAGAGAGAGAGACAAAGCAAUACAGCGUAUAUCAUGCAUGUGCAUUAACCGAGCCCCAGCAGCGGCAGAGGCAGAAACAGCAGCAGAGAGAGAAAGCGAGAGAGAGAGAAAGAGAGAGUUAGAGGGAGGGAAGAUAAGCUCGGUCACAGAACAAAAGCUGCAGAGACUGUUCAUGGUCUUAGCUUAUGCCCUCUAAAAAAAGAGCAGUGGGGUAAAGGAGCACAAUAGAAAGGCACAGUGACACUGAAUCCAAAGCGGCUUCUUCUCCAUGUUUUUUGGGGGAUCCUGCAUUCGACUGCCCUCAUCUCCAAACAGAAAGGAUGUCCAUGUCGGGGAAGAAGGACUUUGACGUGAAGCAGAUCCUCAGGUUACGCUGGCGUUGGUUCAGUCACUCCUCCCAGAGUUCUGCUGGAGGGGGAGGCGGAGGUGGAGGAGCUUACAUCCAGCAAGAGGGCUUCGACCACAGGGGCACACCAGUCCAGAGUCGGCUCAAGAGUCACUCCCGGGACAGAGGUGGGCUCCGGAAGAGCAGCAACAGCCCAGUCCAUAGUAUCCUGGUGCCGACUCCUGGUCCCACACCUGUAUGUGUCAGGGCAGGCCGUCAAUCAUGGCACAACUUGCACAGGCCCAUUUACCACCUGGCAGACAGCCAGGAGGCUCCAAAAAGAGGUGAUUCCUCCAACAACACUGAGGAGGCGGAAGCCAAGAGCAACCUGGAGAAUGUGAAUAGCAACACAGAGGACCUCUCCGAGGUGGAAGCAGGAGAAAGGUUGACUCUAAGUAGCUACUCAAGGAUGAGCUCCAAUUGCUCUGAUGAGUUCUUCCAGGCUACGAACCAUGCGGAACAGACCUUCCGCAAGAUGGAGACGUAUCUUCAGCACAAACAGCUGUGUGAUGUUUUCCUGAUCGCAGGAGAUCAUAAGAUCCCAGCCCACAGACUUGUCCUAAGUGCGGUCUCAGACUACUUUGCUGCCAUGUUUACCAAUGAUGUGAGAGAGGCAAAACAGGAGGAAAUCAAGAUGGAGGGUGUGGAUUCUGAUGCCUUGAGAUCAUUGGUUCAUUUUGCUUACACUGGUGUCCUUGAACUGAAGGAGGAGACUAUUGAGAGUUUAUUGGCAGCUGCCUGCCUGCUCCAGCUCUCACAGGUCAUCGAGGUCUGCUGUAACUUCCUCAUGAAGCAGCUCCAUCCCUCCAACUGCCUGGGGAUACGCUCCUUCGCAGAUGCCCAGGGAUGCGUGGACCUGCUCAAUGUGGCCCACACCUACACCAUGGAGCAUUUUCUGGAGGUAAUCCAGAACCAGGAGUUCCUCUUGCUGCCGACCGCUGAGAUAGUCAAGCUGCUGUCCAACGAUGACAUCAAUGUCCCCGACGAGGAGACCAUCUUCCAGGCGCUGAUGAUGUGGGUUAGGUACGACGUUCAGCAGCGACAGCAAGACCUGGGGCUGCUCCUGGCCAACAUUCGUCUACCCCUUCUACCCCCACAGCUCCUCGCCGACUUGGAAAACAACAAGAUGUUUUCGGAUGACCUGGAAUGCCAAAAGCUACUUAUGGAGGCUAUGAAGUACCACUUACUGCCAGAACGUCGCCCAAUGUUCCAAAGCCCCAGAACCAAACCAAGAAAGUCCACUGUCGGAGCUCUUUACGCUGUUGGAGGAAUGGAUGCUACCAAAGGCUCCACAACCAUUGAGAAGUACGACCUAAGGACCAACACCUGGAUACAGGUGGGCAUCAUGAAUGGGCGCAGGCUCCAGUUCGGGGUGGCGGUCAUCGAUAACAAGCUCUACGUGGUUGGGGGCAGAGAUGGUCUCAAGACAUCCAACAUGGUGGAGUGCUACAAUCCCAUCACCAAAGUGUGGUCCACAAUGCCCCCCAUGUCAACACACAGGCAUGGCUUAGGUAUUGCUGUGUUAGAGGGUCCUAUGUAUGCUGUGGGGGGCCAUGAUGGAUGGAGCUAUCUGAACACGGUGGAGAGGUGGGACCCCCAGGCCAGACAGUGGAACUACGUGGCCAGCAUGUCUACCCCACGCAGUACCGUAGGAGUUACUGCACUCAAUGGGAAAUUGUUUGCAGUUGGAGGCAGAGAUGGGAGCUCAUGUUUGAGAUCCAUGGAAUGCUUCGAUCCACACACCAACAAGUGGAGCAUGUGCGCGCCUAUGGCAAAGCGGCGAGGGGGGGUGGGUGUGGCCACCUACAACAGUUUCCUGUAUGCCGUCGGAGGCCAUGAUGCCCCAGCGUCAAAUCACUGCUCUCGACUCUCCGAUUGUGUAGAGAGGUAUGACCCAAAGACGGACACAUGGACAACCGUGUCGUCCCUCAGUGUCCCCAGAGACGCUGUUGGAGUGUGUCUGCUGGGAGACAGGCUCUACGCUGUGGGAGGAUAUGAUGGUCAGUCUUACCUGCACAACGUUGAGUCCUACGAUGCACUGAACAACGAAUGGACUGAGGAGAUGCCGCUCAACAUUGGCAGAGCUGGUGCCUGUGUUGUUGUAGUGAAACUGCCUUGAGGACCUAAAAAAAUUAUUCUGGGAAGAGGUACAAAAAAAACUCUACACUGGACAUGCAAGCAGGAGAUUCUCCACUGAGAAUCACUUUUCUUUGUUUUUUUACUUGGAAAACACUAGAAACACACCAAGCAUUGUUUUGUAUUAACAGCGUUUCAGACGACUUGAAAGGACAUUUAAUUGUUAGUAAGAAUAGUAAGAAUGCACCAUAAAUUCUCAACAUGAACAGAUGCAAUUUUUAAGAAACAGUGCCAUGCUUUAGUCAGUAUGCUUGUCUGAAAUCCUUUGUAGAAUAUAAACAUAGGACAAAUAAAGCUAUGUUUAAAAUUGGUUAUCCUAUCAGAGGAUUAGUUUUACAUUUAUAAAGUAAAGUGACAUUAUAUAUUUGUCUCAUCCCAUAUAUUUUUGAGGUUUAUAUAUUCCCUAGUAUUCCUCUCUUUUUGCCACUUGGAAAGUAUGUGUAAUUUUAAUACAUUUGAAGCUUCUGUAAAUUAUUGAAUUGACUUGACUUCAUUUGAGUUCAUUAGCUGAUGCUCUGUGAAUACGUCCUUUUUUAUUCUUGAAUUAAGUGUUUUUGAAGGAC